AGCACUUCUAUAAAUAUUUUGCUCCGAGCUGGCGUCCGUAUUAGUCGAAUGUUCUCCAGCAUAACGAGAACCACUCGUAGAUAGUAUAUUAUAAAAAAUGCCCGCAAUCGGUCACGCGAAUAAUUUAAUUAAGGUUAAAGUAUCGUGCGAGUGUAACGAAUCACACGACGACGAAUUCGACGAUUUCGAAGACAAUCCACGUACUACUAAAAAAGAAACCCAAGUAUUCAACCCCAACGAUGAUCUACCGUCAUCGAUUAUCGUACAAAACGAAGACUCCACCACCCGGUUGAUACCAUUUGUAUUCCUCUCCAUUUUCAUGAUAUGGUUCACGAUAACAUUCUUGAUCAUCGUAAAUCCGCCGACAUCACACUGCAACGCGUACUGCGACAAACGCCAGUUCGAUUUGAGCACAGCGAACGAAAAUGGCGAAAAAGCGUUAUACAAGUUGGAAAAACACUUCGAAAAAUUCAACGAAUUGACUUCACUGUUUGGUCGCUACUUCAACGCAUCACCCGAUAGAAUCAAUUUCGCCCUGCAAGAUGCCAGUUUAUGGUUCAUCGUUUACUAUAUGAUAGAGGACGACGAUAUCACCGAGCAGGAUAAGAUAUUCAUAAAGAAAAACUACUUCGAAUACCUGAGACCGGAAAAGUACGCGGAAAUCAAAACGGCUACGAUGAGGAUCACCUCAUUUAUACCGAAAAGUCUGCAUCAGAUGUUGGGCAUAAAACAAAGCUACGAGUCGAAAAUAAGUAACUACGGUAUCGCCAAGUAUUACGCUGAGAAAAAACGUCUAGAGGAACCGAACCAAGAAGUUAUUCUAUCCAGUUCACGUACCAGCCCCAAUGAUAAGUAUUUAAUGUACGAUAAAGUCGCCUAUGGAGAAAAAUACGCAGUUAUUUCCAAAAUCAGCGAAGUCACUUUGACCACUCAAUCGUCUCUGGAUAGAUUAACCUCGUUUGGGUUUUCUGCCUCGAAAUGGACCGGGCCUAUUUCAUUGGCUGUAUAUGUCAACGAACCUAACGAAUACUGCGCCUUCAAAAAAUUCCUUCGAUACUUGAAACGUUGCAAAUCAGACAUCUACGACCGGACAUGUUUCAGUCUGGCAACUCCCAAAGAAACCGAUCUCAUCGAAAACAAAACCCUAUCGCAAUGUUACCAAGAAUCAAUCUCCUGCUCUUCAUCGGUCAACGAUAUUCUCAACAUCCAAAUCAAGAAAUCCACCGACACAUCCAAGCAAUACCCUCAAGGCCCCGGAUACCCUCAAAAUACAAUGAGGAACUUGGCCAAAUACAACUCGCUCACUUCGUAUCAUCUCAUGUUAGACAUCGAUAUCAUCCCCUCUCCCAAAAUGAGCGCCUCUUUGGAUAAAUUCUUCAAAGAUAAACCAGUCUUUAAAAACGGACUCGUCAUUCCAACCUACGAGAUUUCCAAAAAAGCCAAAUUUCCUGCCAACAAAGCCGAACUCGUGAAUCUGAAACGUAAAGGACAAGCACAACCUUUCCAUAAGGAUGUAUUCGCCUUGAACCAGAAUGCUACAGAUUUUGCCAAAUGGGAAAAGAUACACGAUACCUUUGACGAUGUCAAGAUUGUUUACGAUGUUCCGAAAUUUCAUUUAUGCUACGAGCCUUUCUUCGUCGAGCAUCGCUCCGGACCAUUUUAUAAUGAAAGUUUCAUCGGAUACGGUUUUACACGAAGUUCUCACGCAUACGAAAUGUAUAUGAAAAAUGGAAACUUCCAAGUACUCUCACCGGUAUUCACCGUACAGCUGGGCCUUCAAAAGGUCAAAGAAUGGUCACCCGAACGUCAAAAGGAAAACACUUCUAACCUCUUGAUAUUUCAAGAAUUCAUCGCUAAUUUCAAUAAUCAUAAUCAAACAAUCAAUCAUCCUACACAUCACGCGGCGUUUAAUGGAAUUUACGGUUAACUAACCUUAAUACUCUUUUUGCCAAUACGUGACAUAUCUUUGGCACUAAGCUUUGUUUUUUCGUAGUGUGUACGCAGCUUCAUUCACGUCACUUUUUUAUGUGUUGUAUAAUAAGUAUGUUAUUUUUUAAUCAUAAUGUAAUAUUAUUCAUAAUAAAAAAAACUAUCAAAACUGA